AUGGCGGAGCCGACGGACUCGAGCGCCCCGCCUGGCGAAUCCACCAACUCUGCGACGGAACCGAAUGCGCCAGCUGCUGAGGCAGUCCAACCUUUAGCUCAAAAUGAGCCCCCUCCAGUGGAGACAAAUCAACCUUCGGCGGAAGUAAAUCAUGAACCAAUACAGCAUACAGAGCCUGAACGACCAGCAGAACCAGCGCAACCAAUGGAGCCAGGGCAACCGACACAAUCGGAAGAGCCAAUUGCGCCAGCACAGCCCAAAGAAUUCGCGGCGCCAGAACCGCCAGCAGAGCCAAGUCAGGCCGCCACAGGGCCAACACAGGAUGCGAGCACAUAUCAAGCAGACGGAGCUAGCCAGCCAGCACAAGUUCCAGAUGUGACACUACCAUCUGUUGAAUCGUCGCUUCCCGCGAUUGAGUCGACCCUCCCACCUAUGGACACAUCACAUACCUUUGAUGAUGCAGAUCUUCACUCCUUCCACGGGUUGCCUUCUUUGGGUUCCUCUGCAGCUCCGGACAUGUCGCUCCCUGCAAUUGACACAACCCUUCCUUCGCUGGACCAUUCCUUGCCAGCAAUUGGAACCGAUGAUAUUCCAACAAUGGAUGGCCAUGACUUUGGUGAUGGCAGUCAUUUGGACCACCACGAUUCGAAUACUGGCACAGGAGACUCUACGGGGCCUGGGCACGACACGAACCAACACACUGGUGUAAACGGUGCAUCUCACUACCAUGCGCCAACCAACGGUUCCUACCAAUAUUCACACAGUCCUACACCCUCGCAGCAACCAGCAAGCCAGCAGUCACCGCAGACACAUAACCAGCAUCAAUUCCAGACACAGCCGCAACAUUAUCAACAAAACGACAUGUAUCACAAUUCUGGUGCUCAAGCGCAGGCACCUAUCGGGUCACCGCUACCGAACAAUAUGCCACCGAUGGCUUCGAUGGGACAGUACAUGACUGGUUAUCCCUCCAAUAUGGGACAAGGAAAUGCGCAAAUGCGGUACCAACUGCCAGGAGAUCCGAACAAGAUGCUAUCUGGCAAUAGGCAUAAGAAAGAAGUGAAGCGACGAACAAAGACUGGUUGUUUGACUUGUCGCAAACGUCGAAUCAAGUGCGACGAAGCACAUCCUGUCUGCAGAAAUUGCGUCAAAAGCAAACGUGAAUGCUUGGGCUACGAUCCUGUGUUUCGAACUCAAGCCUCUACACCAUCGGCUAUUCAACCAGCUCCUAAUCCUCCACCUUCGCUGGUUGUCAAUCCACAGGGUCCCUCUACCUCAUCAGCACCAUCAUACCCUUCCUAUCCUUCUGCGCCUCCUGGGUAUAUGCCCGCUUCGUCUCAACCAUUCGCACCUUCCCUUCACUCUGAGUCGCCCAGUGCUUCCACGGACCAGCACGAGCACCGAGUUUCCAUUGAUUCUUCUCUGGCAGCAAGUAAUCAACCAAAUCAUACAGACAUGCAGAACACCGCUCCACGCCAACAGGGCUCAGAACCUGCAUACAAAGCCAAAAACCUCUACAUAAAUGACCUCUUCUCUUUGAGGGGGAUUGCCCCUCCUCCUCCUCACCCCAUCGCAACCCUCCCAGCCGGUCGCCUCGAAGAGAUCCAAGCCGUAUUCCUGGCUACCUAUGCACCUGCGAUUGACAAGCUCCUGGAGGUCCGCUGGUAUUCAGAGAGUGCUCUCUCAUUACUCAUGGCUGAUGCGCAGCUCAUGGCGGAUUAUUCGGCUUUGAUCAACGCGUUCAAUGAGUGGAACCUUCAAGACGGCGAAACACUUGCUCGCCUAGAGAGCUUCGAGGCCUCGAUUAUCUGGAAAAGCAUGUCAUUAUGUCGCCAGGUGCCAGAUGGAGAAAACGCACAACAGGGUCGGGACUGGAAUCUUUGUGUUGCUUGCGGGCGGUUAAACGUGGUGGAAGCAUUGCUCACCUGGAACCACCUGGAUUCAAACCCGUUGUCACGGGAGCUAGUCAUGGAUGCUGCCAACCCCCCGAACACCCCGGAUCAGUUCCAGAGCCGCCAAUUGGAUUUCUGGGAUCAGGUCGGAGAAUUCCUUACACUUUAUGACAACGAGGCAAGCUCUGCCAAGCAGAUUGACGACACUCUUGGCCGGUGCCGACAAUUGCUGGAUACAUACGAGAACCGCGACAUCAUCUAUUCCAUCUCUGUCGCACGUCAUCUUGGACAGCGCUGGGCCGACUUCCCCAACAGCCUGCCCAAGGUGGGCUAUACCACGGAGAAAGAGGCGGGAACUCGGCUCUUUGUUGCACAGAAGUUCCUCGAAGAGGAAGCCGAGGGCAAGGGCACAACCCAGAUCUACAAGCGGAUCUGCUGCAUGGCAGUUCGCUCAUGGUGGGUUGCUCGCGGGUAA